GCGUAUCGCGUAUUUAGAGAUAGGUAUUCACGUUAAACCCGGUCACGUGCGAAAUUCUGUGGCGGCGACAGCGGCGAUGUUGGCGGCAGCUUCUGCAGGCAUCAUCAGCCCCGCAGCUUGUGCUUACUACUCCGGCUCACCUUUGUCAAUCAAGUUCGUCUUAUUUCUCGUCUUCGCGAAAACAACGCGUUCACUCAGUGCACCAACUGGCUUGUGUCGAAUGCGUCGACUCGAUGUUCCUUCGCCUUUUUUCUCUUCAUCUAAGAUCCCACAACAUUGCCGAUGAUAGGUAUCUAGCUGAAGCUGCGCGACUCGAACACGCCAUGCUGCUCAGCGAAUUCUACAUUCAUUCGGUUGGCCGCCAUGAUGGCAUAGAUUGCAGUGCCGCACUUGGCAUUAUUUUGCGAUUGCUUCGCCUCUCUCUCUCUCUCUCUCGUGCUCGUGAUUUCAUGACUCGUCGGAGUCAAAUUACGAGAUUUUCUGUCAGUUUUGUCAAUCUGACGAUCUUUACACGAAUAAUGACGGUCUCUAAAAUCGCGCCAUUAUUUAAAGCAGCAAAUACUUUUGGAUUAUUACUUAUAGCAACGAAGAUCAGUUUUUUAAUCAAUAUAUACAUAUAAAAAAUAUGAUAAUUCACUUUCUAGGGAUAGAUAUUGUAAUACGUAUAUACAAAGUCUAGAUAAAUGUCUAAAGUACUUAGUUGUUUAAAAACGGAUCAGCUGUUCAACAGCGUAUACUUGUUGGCGCCAUCUGGAUCAUCGACCUUGGUUCUCAUGUCAUAUAUACCUACGUUAAUGGACAAAUUGUGGUGCAAUAGUUAUAGAACCUUAUAUCCUAAUCCAAUUGAAAUAUAACUGAAUGCAAAACAAUCGGUUCUUUUUUAUUGAUUAGAUAUUAAACGCUCCCGAAACGAGAAUUAAACCUUAAAGUAAAAGUCUAGAUCUAGACACAGUGCUUUCUAAAAGUGUGAGAAAACGGAGGCUAUUUUUGCGUUCAAGUACUUCAACUCCAAUGUCAACCGGUUUUAUUGUAUAAAUCGAGAACACCGUUCAAUUUUCAAGUAAAAAUGUCUGCAUCAAAUAUACUGCGAUGCUGCGCAUCGGUAACAGGGCGUAGGUUCAUCAAUCAGUCUGCUAGAAGGCUUGAAUCAAAAGCAUCUGAUGGUAUCAAAAAUACAGCAUCCUCAACAGCCAGUUCUUCCUCAACAGUACCACGCCAUUCAGAAUCUGUAGUUGGCCCCAAAAUGAAAAUCCCAACUGAUUUCGAAAAAUGGAUACUUGUCUGGAUGAAAAAGUUUCCUAAAGGACAAGUGCCCGAGCGAAUAACGGAAGACCUUAUGUAUCAAACGAAAAGCAGAGCUCGUGUCAAAGCUGCAAAUUAUAUGAUUUUAUUUUCUGCUUUAGCUUGUUUAGCUGCUGCUAUUAGCGGUAAAAGAGCUGCAAAAAGUGGAGACUCAAUUCAGAAAAGAAAUUUAGAGUGGCACAAAAAAAAUAAAGAAGAAUAUGAUACUCAGAUGCAGCAAGCAAAAUCUUAAAAAUUGUAAAACUACUUAUUUAAAAGUUGGAGAGUAGAUAUGAUUUAUAAACGUUGCUCGAAUGUUCAUUUUAUUCAAGUCAUAUGUAAAUAAUAUUUAAAUAAAAACUAAAUCAAUAUCUUUAA